CAGGCUGCGGGCGCGAGCUGCAAUCACAACCUGUCAGAAUGACUGUACAUGUGUGCCGUAGUGCAACAACUCCAACUUGCAUUAGACGAACAUCAUGUCUACCCUCGAUUCUCUACCACCCGAACUUAUCCAGCAAAUUUGUGCAGAGUUGGGGAACAAUGUGACAGAAUUGCGCCUCGUUUGCAAGAGGAUGAGCCGGAUACUCGAAUCACACGUUCUCCGAUCAAUUGCCAUCGACAUUACGAAGCUUCGACUCGAUGUUGGCAUAUCACAACUCACGACGCUGGCGACGCAGGGCAAUCACGCGGCGACAGCCACACAUGAUCUGCACAUCCGGAACCUCUGUCCUCUAAAGGACCCAUUUGGUCGCUCGCCUACUUGGGCGAAGCCGCCCACUCCUUACCCUCCUGAGGUGAAGAUUGCCGAGGAAAAGAUGCACGCCAUGCUUCAGGUGGCCGUCGCCUCUUUAAGCAACUUGCGAAGUCUCAGAUGGGACAUUGGUAGGUGCGAUUCAAAGUGGACCCCCAAAGCGGUCAUGAAUGCCGUCAAAACUCUUCCCCUCCUUGAAUCCUUAGAGUUGAUUAUAGAAAGUUCUGAUGCGGCAGACCUCCAGCUACAAUGUCUACGUAAUCUGCAGAGCAUCAAGAUAUCUGUGCGCAGGAACGAUUAUUUCAUGAAAAUCAUUGAACCCCUUUCGCUCUUGGUUGCGAAAUCGCCAAACCUUCACACCCUUCAUUUGGGACCUACGCACCGCCCAGCUGCAUCGCUUCAUCAUCUUUUGAUGAAUUGCCCUCCAAACCUCGUCUUACCGCUAAAGCAUCUGGGUUUGCAGGGAUUCUCACUGAAGCUCGACAGCAUAACAAUUCCUCAUCUCCACCGCCUAACGUCCCUGACGCUACACCAUUACACGGAGUUUGAUCCAGACUUGCAUCCAGACGGGAUAUGGGCGAUGUUGAAGACCACCGAUGUCCGUCUGAACGGCAUUGAUGUGACCCGCGUCUCUACCACCCUUCUCGAUUAUAUCUCAUCGUACUCGGGAUUGAAGAAACUGUGUUUGGCACGUAUGGACAUUGAGACUCAUGAACAAUCUGAACUUGCCGCCAACCAAUUUUAUAACCUUUGUUUAGGCAAGCAUACGAGCUCUCUUGAAGAACUCAUCGUCACGGCUGAUGAUGAAGGAGGGUGGUGCCUCGGGGAUCAGGCUCUCGCAGUGAUCUCGCUAUGUAAGAAGUUGAAGAUCCUCGAGGGUAGCCUUGUUUCGGCUGCCCUUUAUAAACGCGUUAAGUCGUUGAUCGGCGUUACCACCCAACUCCCUCGCAUGGAGAAACUGAUCGUUCAUCCUGCGGACGUGGAGGUCUUCCCUUCGUAUGUCGGUGAUUACCAAUGGAUGAACCAUUUUGAGCAUGUGGAGGAGCUGCUCUCAGAUUGCAUUAGAGAGUAUGAAGUAACUGAGUCUUCCGAACCCGUUCCCUUGAUCCUCGUAGGCUCAAGGAAGUUUAUGAUGACGCCGAGUGAACGUGCUCGAAGCGCUGGUGUAGCGUUGAGGUAUCAGUGCGACUCUGAUGAGCCUGACGCCGGCGAUUGCGAUUUUUGA